CGCAGCUUCCUGUACAGUUUCCUGUGUCACUUAUAAUAAAUAUUCAUAAGAUACGCAAAGAUUUCUUCCAAUCAAAGAUGGUACCUUCAGUAAUCUAGGGGUGUUAGGCCCAGUUAUGGCAAAGGGGCAGUAUAUCCGGACACUUUGGCAUCAAAAGGGGUAUUUAGACCUAGGGAUCUGGGCAGAUUGGGGCUGCUGGACCAGUGUAGCUGAGAAGCAGUCCUCACUCGGCAGAUCUUAUAAGGUUUUAUUCCUAUUUCCAAGAAAAAUAGAGGAUGGUGGCCACUUUCCAAUUUCUUUCCAUGAUUUGGAGCAUCCUGUUCUUUCCGAUAUGGUGUGAUGACUCUGUGAAUACAAAGAUGAUGCCAUCAUCCUCACCCAUUGACAACUUGACAUUCAGUCACACAAAGCUACAGCUGACCUGGGACAGCAGCAUCACUGAUAUUGACUACAACUGUUAUAUGGAAACAAGCCAGGAUUAUAUAGAGAAAGAGGUGUCAGAGAAAACUUGUAUAUUUAGCAAACCUAUACAUAAGGGGGCAAUAUUGGGAGUUAAAGGAACAUACAAUGGCACUGAAUAUUCAGAAGAAAUCAGAUUCAUUCCCCCAGGCAAGAAUGGAACACGUGUUGAAAAUUUCUCCUGUGUGAUUUACAAUAUUUCCUUCAUGAAUUGCACUUGGGAUGCUGGCAGGAAAGCUCCAGAUGAUACCCAAUAUUUUCUUUCAUUGCAGUACUCAAGGGAAGAACGUGUAGUAAAUUGUCCACAUUACAUAAAAGAUGCAUUUGGAAGACAUAUCGCAUGCAGUUUCCAAAAUGUGACAAUAAUUUAUGAUCCAGUUUACUUCCUGGUGAAGGGGGACAGCAAUGAAUCGGAGAUUCAAUUUUAUGAUGAGUCCAUCAAACUCUAUGAAAUUGAAAAGUUAACUCCUCCAGUCAAUAUCACUGUAAACUGUUCUGAAGACCAGCCACGGUGUAUUGUGCAAUGGAAACGUCCCCAGCUAAGUUGGUCAGAAGGAGAUAUAGAUCCUUGCUUUCAGUAUCAAAUUGACAUUCGAAAUAAGAAAACUAACGCCACUUCUGAGGAAAACAAAAAUGAGCUUCAUAUGGAAUGGAUGGGUCCACCACUAACAAAAUAUAAAACCGAAGCAAUAACUACUGUUGAAGAAAUCGCAUUACUUACCAAAAACAAAAUGAAACACUUGGAUUCCCCAAGUUGAACACCUGCAAACCUAAGGCAAUGGUGUACAUUUUGUACACUCACUCUCUUUCUCUUGCCUAUAAAUAUUAUUUAACACUUCUAAGACCCUAUUUUCAGUUUCCUAUACAUGUUGACAAAUUUGGACAGAUGUUUUUCCAUGCUAAAUGUCUGCAUGGUGAAUAUUCUUGAAAUGUGUCAGAAAAAAAAUCAGAAAUGUAUUAAAACAAUUCUAUGGAAAAUAAAGUAUUUUGCCCGUAUUUUAAAAAAACAAUCC